CGACGGUAUUCCAGGAUGACGUGAUCAACUUUUAAAAGUGACAUUCGAAAUGAAAAGAACUAAUUUUUGUACUGUUGAUUUUUCGAGAUAACUAGAUACCGAUUUUGAAACUUGUUUUAGGCAGCCAUACCAUAUAAACACACAAAAUGCGGCCGGAACUUCAAAGGAAGAUUACAAAGAAUAUGGUUGACAUUAAAAGAGAUAUGGAUGCGAAAGACUUGGUUGACCGAUUCCUUCAAGAAGGACUACUUGGCAUACCCGAUGAGGAAGCAAUUAAUAGUUACAACCCAAAUACCGCAGAAAAUAGAAACCAAUGCUUCCUUCGAAAGUUGAUGAAGAAAGAAGACCGAGCCUAUGACGUGUUUUUGCAAGCUCUGCGCAACGUCGGGUUAGAUCAUCUUGCCGAUCAAAUUGACAGCACGCAAGUGGCGAUGGGUCCGGCACUGAAUAAACCACUGAGGCCAAGUUCUUCCGAUACCAGCGAAAAUCGAUCCACUCCUACCAGCUUAUCGCCAGCAAGCGACAUUCAGAGUGGAGGGUCGCAAGAAAUGGCACAGAAAGGCAAUGGAUACCAACAAAAUACCUACAAUGGUCCACCAUUACCGACUGCGAUGGUCAAUCCACUGGAAUUGAUGAGUGAAACUGACAGUGAGCCGAAAUCUUCCUCAGGUGCAAAACCCGAGUCACAAGGGUUGAGUAAACGACCUGGGGACCGUAUAGAUGAAGAUUUUAGUCGUAAAUUAAAAUUACUAUACCUCACGCUUCUUAACGAGCUCUUCCUUGAAAUCCAGAAACUCGUCUCUGUUAAGAAAGAAAAAUUUAUCAAGUCAACUUACAAAAUGCGGGAGGAACUGCAAAGAAAGAUUAAAAAGAAUAUUAUUGACAUUAAAAAAGAUAUGGAUGCGAAAGACUUGGUUGACCACUUUGUUCAAGAAGAUGUAUUUGACUUACCUGAUGAUGAAGAAAUAAACGGCUUCAACCCAAAUACUGCAGAAAAUAGAAACAAAUGCUUCCUUGCGAAGUUGCUGAAGAAAGACGACAGAGCCUAUGAUGUGUUUUUGCAAACUUUGCACCUUGUUGGAUUAGCUCAUCUCGCUGAACAAAUUGAAAACACUGAAGUGGCGACAGCUCCAGUGGUAGAUCCCACAUCAUGGCUGGCUCAAAUAGCCGAGCACAUUCGAAAACGCAGAUUAACGGAACGUGAUCUUAGCAGACUGGCACAGUCCAUUGGCACAGACUGGGAACUUGUAGCCUCUGAAAUGAAUCUAACUAGAGUUGAAAUAGAUCAUUGUAGGAUGGAAAAUUCUACAACUACAAUGCAGGUUUACUCGGCUCUUUAUAAGUGGAGAAAUAAAGUGCCAGGAGGAGCGACGCUCGAAAAGUUUGUGGACAUUUUGAUGCACUGUCAGUCAACCACGAUUGAUUGGGAUAUUGUUAAAAAGACUGCUCAGCAAAUGGGUUGAUUGAAGUGUUUUUCGUGUGUUAUUGUAAAAAUUGAAUUUAUAAUAUUUGGUUUGAAUGGAUGACAUAUUUAUACAAAAAACCCUCUUAUUGGUACUAAUUUAUCAUCCCCUUUUAAUGGUCGUUUUUUCUUCUCAAUUCUGUUUAUUCAUGACAUAUAUAAAUAAGCUUGACAUACAUGUAUAUAAAUUUGCUUAUAGGAAAUAAAAAAAAUGCAUGCCAGGCAUUAACUUACGUAGUAUCAAAUUGCAUGAUUAUAUGCAGUAUCAAACAAAAAUUUGUUUUAAAAAUUUGUUUUAAUACCAAAAAAGCAUAAAAAUAUUGUGGAUUGAAUAAAAAAUAAUAACCUGGGAAGUAUUCAUAAAACAUCUUGAGCUAUUUCCUACAUGUUACUUUGUGAGUUACGGGGGUAAGUCAAUUUCUUAAUUAAGUAUCUCACUCAUAUGAUUAAUUAAUUUAAUAGUAUCUUGGAAACUUUAUUUUCAUCAAUGUUAUGUAAUUAUACUAAUAAUAAAAAGAAAGUAUUUUUUUCUUUCAAUUUGACAUUAAACAUUUUAGGAAAUCGACUUAAGAAAUGACUUGAGAUGUUUAAUGAAUACUAGCCCUGGUUUUUUAUGAUGUUUGCAUGUUAGAUAAACAUUGACCAGUUAUUCAGAGAUUUUAUGAAUUUCCAGAUAAUUAAUUGACAAUUUUUACUUUGUCACGUGUAAUAAUAUCCUUUUUUUUCAUACAUUUGGCUCCCAAGGUCAUAAAAAUAUUAUAUUUGGUUUGGGUUACCCGACCCUACCUACAAAAUAGGCGCCUACCCUACUGUUUUUAUAGUUAGUUGGAAAAAAAAUAAUCUUUUUUUUACGUUUGUGUUUCAAUAUGUAGUUUUAAAGCUUUAUACAGAAGAUUACUUUACCACAAUUCUCCAAUAUUGACAAUAACACAUAAAGCCUAAUAAAAUAAAAAAUAAAAAACCUACUUACCCUUCCUGUUUUUGAAAUGGAUGUAACCAAACCAUUUUGGCCUAAGCCUAAGUCUAAAUCUUUAGGCAUAUUAAAAAUUGGUAUUCACUUGCAAUCAUUCUUUGUUGACAGUUGUUGCAUUGUCUUAAGUUCUUGUAUCAAGACAUUUGAUGUACAAUCAAUAGACAUAUCAUGUGAUCGGAACUGGGAACCAGAGGUCCGCUUGAUGAACGAUCUUAGUUCUGUUCUGUUCUGUGAAAUAUCACUAUGCCAACAUAGCAUUCCCAAUGCUAAUACAAAUUCUUUUUCCCUGAAUGUGAAAAUAAAAUUCCAAAUUUCUGUUUAAAUAUCAAAAAAAAAUCACAUUGUUUUAUCUUUUCUGUCCAUUUUAUUUAUAAUCAAUAUUAUAUAUUUCUAGGCAAAUAAUAAUUCCAGAUUUCAUUUAAAAUGACGCAUCAUUCCCCAAUAAAAUAUAUUGUAUAUGACCAUAUUUAAAUUUUGUACAAUACUUGAAGAUAUUAAAAGUGAGUUAUUGUCAUGGUGUUAGUUCACAAAACGUUGUUCAAAAAAAUAAACCUUGGUUAACUUGAAGCUAAUAAACUAUUCAAGAUAUUUGAAAGAAACUUGACGCACAUGUGGCCAGAGAAAAUAUGAAUGUGUACAACAAGGCCCAUAGCUUGGGCAUUGAUAAUUGUCAAGUUAUGUCCCUUGAUAGUUUAACAGAAGGAAGUGUGUAUCCCCUUCCCACACCCACUUCCUACAAAAAUUGCGCUUAAAAUAUUGUCUUGGGAAGGCCCUGAAUGGGUGCUGGGUAAUGCCCCUUAUUGACUUAAAAAAACAGUUGAGUAUUGGCGUUGCUCUACAGCAGUCUUGUAACCAUUCAUAUUUAAUUAAAAAAAUUAUCUGAAUUUUAUUUCCUGGGGCCAUGAUUACGAACAGUCUCAAGUCCAAAUCUAGACUCAGACUCAGAAAAGCAUUUUUAUAAAGGAACACAAUAUCAUAUUUAUUCCAUUUCUUUUACAAAAAAUAUGUAAAUAGUAGUUAAACAUUCAAAUACUGAUAUAUUUCAGCAAAUUUUAUCAUCAAUACUCUGAUAGAAGGAAAGUUACAUGAAAUGAAGUUUAGCCAUAAUGAGUCUUGAGUCUGAACUCAGACUUGAGACUGUUCGUAAUCACUGCCCCAGGUCACCAGUUCAUUGAUAAAGCUGCACUCUCACAGAUAUACCAUUUUUACAACUCUUUUAUUUUUUAUCUUAGAAUGGGCACAUUUUGCAUAAAUAUCUGCAAACCAGUGAUACAAGACUGCUGACAAAAGAUCAGAUCGCAGAUAUUUAUAUUUCCAUUCGAAAAUUAAUGUUUUAUGGCUUAAAGCAUUACUAACAGUUUAAGAAAAAUGCAUUAAACAUCAAUUUUUGAACUUAAAUUAAAAAUCUGCAAUCCAAUAUUUUGUCAGCAGUCUUAUAUGACUGGUUUCCAUGGAUUUUUUCGCUUAAAUUGGCUUGUUCCAAGACAAAAUAUAAAAAAGUUGUCAAACCGGCCAAUCUGCGAGAGUGCAGCUUUAAGUUAUGUUAUGUAUGAUGUUUGUUAUCCAUGUCCGAAAAUAGCUCAUUGAACAUUUUUUUGUUAUCAUAUACCCAGCUUUAAAUAAAGAUUAUUGUAUCUUGUAUAUUUAAUAAUCAUAAUAUACAUCUUUAUACAAUGAAGCAGUGAUAAGAUAAUGAUGGCGAGAUUGAGUGUUGGUCAGACUUGCUUGUUUAACCUCCUAUUUUUGUAUUUAUCUAUUUGGAUACUUAGAAUUGGACAAUGAUGUGGUGAUAAAAUGAUCUUCACAACAUAAUCAAGUAUUGGUGAAAAUUGAUAGUUCAUUUCAUAUGUUUGCAAUUACUGAUUUUAAUUUAAAAAAUUGACAGUGAUAAAUGUUACACUAACAUUUGGACAUAAAACACAACUCUUAAAAAAGGACACCAGUAUAGGUUUCUACGGAGUGAUUUACAUUAUUUUUCAACUGUCUUCAUGAUGGAGCAUUUGCCUAGAUCUUUGUAUAAAUAAAACUUUACUUUCAUAUUGUAUAACACGCAAAAAGUUAGUACUUCAUUAUUUAUUUCAGUAUUACACGACGCCAUUUAACCAAUGAUAUACAAUGUUACGAAAAUCAGCUAUUCUUUUAUAAUACAAACAAAUGUUGUCAGUUAAACUUCUUUAAAAAUAAAUACUCAAUUGUGGAAAAUACUGCUGAUUUUUAAUUGUUAUGAAUAUUUUUUGAAAAAUGUGAAUAUGAGAAAUGAUCAUAAUUUUUCUCGCGUGCCCUACUUUCAUACUGCAUAAAUGCAAGAAACAAAGCGAUCAUUCCUUAAGUAAAUGACGUCAUAAAUGAAUAGCAAUGAAAAUGCUAAGUGCUUUUAUAACAACGAAUUAUGUAUUAUAGAGUAUCAUAUUGGUCAUUUAAUACAAAAUUUAUUUAA